CUGUCUUUCACCUUUCCAUAGCUUUCCCGGCAAAAUGGCACGGAAGAGCAACAAGCGAUCGGUUCCCGGCGUUUUGUGGCGCAUGUUCCGCCACCGUGCGCGAACUCUCUCAGACACCGUCACAUCCUUGCUCCCUCCUCCGCCUGAGCUUUGCCGAUGCGACGGUCGCUGUUGCCUUGGCUGCACCCUCGACGCCAAGUCCUUUCUCCUCCGACCCGACGAUCCUUCCGAUUACCGCAAACUCCUCACUCAGUGCUACGUCGUCGUUUCCGAAAACACACCUGCGCUCCCGUUCUUCGUCCCCCUCUCCGGCUUGUCUCAGGAUCAGGUUGUGAAGAGGACCAUUGAACAGAUGCUGCAUCGAAGGGAACCAGUUUCGAAUGUGUUGUGCUCUGGUUAUGAUAGGAUUAAAUGUUCAAGCCGUACUGUGGAGCUUUUGUCCAGUGCAUCUUGGUCUCUUCUUUUAAGCAGGGUUGGGGAUGAUUUUAUGAUUUACCUACUAAGGAAUACAUCAAUAUUCUUGCCAGCUCCCCUUGGAAACCAUCACCAGGUGGGAGGUCCUCCUAUCAGUCGUCUAUGUUUUGAUAUGCUCAAGGGUUCACCGAAGUUUGACUAUCAGACAUAUUGCGAACAAAAGAGGAAAAGAACUGAUGUUGAUGACCCACCCGUAGAGAAACGAAAGUGCCAUAUUUCUUGCAUUAUCAAUGGUCCUCUGGGCUUUUCAAGUAACCUUGGCAUGACUGAUAAGUCUUCAAUGCAACUGAUCAGGCAUCAUGGGAGCAGGAAUUAUGAUGUCAGUGUCUCUGAAGUUCCUAAGUUCAUAAGAACUGAAACUGUUAUAAGGAAGUCGGAGUCAGAAGGAAAUCAAGGUUCAAAUUGUAUUACACCUAGGCUUGGAAAGCGUUCGAGGCCAUUUAGGUGGCAGCGGCGCCGUUGCAAAUUGCUAAAGCAGUUAACCCUUGAAGAAAAUAGUCUAAAUAUACAGCCAAACACCAGCAGCUUAAGUUAUCAUGCAGAGAUGUCAUUACAAUGUGCUUGCUGUUUAAUCUUGCAAUCUCUUCCAGCGGUUCCUAAGAGAACCAAUAUCCAAAGGCAAUCUAUUUUUUAUAGUCUGGAGCCUUCUCGUUCAGUUCUUCCAAAGAAAAAUAUUUUAUAUUCCUUAAAGCCAAAUUUGGCUUGUUCAGAGCAUCUCAUUGGUAAUAUUUUUGGCUUCUCAGACGUAAAUGCUAGUGCUCAGUCAACGUUUUGUUUGCACAGCAAUGACUCAUGUCUCAUUAACUCUGAAUGUCUCUAUCACUGUCUUGUUAAGUGUUUUAAGCAAGUCAUUCGGAGGACACAAUGUUGCCAGCAUACAAAACUCUUGAAUAAGCAUUGUGUAUUUCCGUCAUUGAACAAAAAUACAAUUAGAAGAUCAAGUUCUGAAGUUAAGGUCAAUAAAUCAGGAAAAUUUUUGCAGAAGACUUGUGUUGAUAAUUUGGAUGAUGGAUUUAAAUCAUACUGCUCAAAAAGUCAAGUUGUAUCUUUCGUAUGGGCUGUUUCUAGGACUUUACUUCCUUCGGAAUUAUUGGGUACUCCCCUUGCAUGGAGAACACUGAGGAGAAAUAUUUCAAAGUUUAUACACUUAAGAAGAUUUGAGACAUUUUCAUUGAAGUUAUGCAUGCACAAACUGAAAAUAUCAUGGUUUCCUUUCUUAUCGAAUAAACAUUUCUUUCAAAAAGAAUUCAAGAAUAGGAAUGAUCCUAUGCAUGUUGUCAAACGCAAGUUGUUAGAGAAGUGGAUUUUUUGGUAUUUCUCUUGUUUGGUUGUACCUUUGUUGCAAGCAAACUUUUAUGUUACUGAAAGUGCAAAAGGGAAACAUGAUAUUUACUAUUAUGCAAAACCAAUUUGGGAAAAGUUGGUUGCUAACACUACGGUUUGCUUCAAAGACCGGAGAUAUAGCUACCUAGAUGAUGCGGUUGUACAUAAUAUUCUUAGAGGUAGACAGUUUGGAUUUUCAAAACUUAGGCUUCAACCUAAAGAAGAUGGUGUAAGGAUGGUGGCAAAUCUGAAAGGUUCUUCAACAAUGCCAUUGUCUUUGUCCACUAUAGGAGUUCAAAAUUGGAGAACUAAAGGCAAAGUAAACCACCAAAAAAUCAUGUAUAAACGUUAUCCAUCUGUAAAUUCUGUUCUUCGUGAUGCCUAUACUAUUCUGAAAGGAAUUCUUUUUGAGAAGCCUCACAAGCUAGGUUCUUCCGUGUUUAACUAUGAUGAUGUUUACAAGAAACUAUGCCCAUUUUUGGUUGGCCAGAAGAUAAAAAGAGGAACUGUGCCGAAUUUAUUCAUGAUUACAUCUGACGUGUUACAAGCGUUUGAUUCUAUUGAUCAGAACCACCUUCUAGGCAUAGUUAAAAAUGUUUUAGUGGAGGAUGGGUAUUUUCUUAAAGAAUAUCAUCAAGUUAUAUGCACAAAGAAGUCUUUGUGGGUUCAAAAGCAACUUAUGAUGUUGGAUGAAUCAAGCAACAAUGGUCACACACGAUUCACUUCAUUUGCGUCCUUUCAAUCUUGGCAUUGUGUCUUUGUUAACCAGGAACGAUGUAAGCUUGUGAAAAAGAAAGUUCUGUUUUCAGAUCUUACGGAGCAUGUGAAGCACAAUGUGUUGCAGUUUGAUGGAAAAUUUUACUUACAAGAUGUUGGCAUUCCCCAGGGAGGAGUUUUGUCGUCUUUGCUUUGUUCCAUGUAUUAUGGACAUUUAGAGAAACGUGUAAUAUUUCCAUUUCUUGAAAAGACUAUUGAAUCUGGUUGCUGCAAGGAGAAUAAUGAUGGGCAAACCAACUGUCCUGAUAAAGUCUCAUCUUCCUCUUACAUGCUAAUGCGUUUUCUUGAUGAUUUCCUUUUCAUAUCAACCUCUAAAAGGCAGGCAGACAGCUUUUUCUCCAGGCUACAAAGAGGGUUUCGUGGUUACAAUUGCUACAUGAAUGAGAAAAAGUUUGGUGCGAACUUUGAUGUAGAACAGAUAUCAGGUUCCUCAUUGAACAGGGUUUAUGUGGGUGAAGAUGGUGCUACUUCAUUUCUUCGAUGGAGUGGUCUUCUCAUCAAUUGCUCCACUAUGGAAAUUCAGGCUGACUACACUAAGUACUUGGGUAACCAUUUGAGCUCUACACUUACUGUUCGCUGGCAAGGUAAACCAGGCAUUACUCUUAAGGAGAAGCUGUGUCUCUUUCUAAGACCUAAAUGCUACCCAAUAUUCUUUGAUUCGAAUAUCAAUUCAGCAGCUGUUGUCAGAUUAAAUGUCUUUCAAGUAUUUUUGUUAUGUGCAAUGAAGUUUCAUUGUUAUAUUCGGGAUCUAUCAUUCAUCUGCAAAUUUCACAAAAGAUAUUGUUCAAACAUUAUUCAGGGAUCUUUGAGAUAUUUGCAUCUGUUGAUAAAGAAAAGGAUGCACUCCAUGAGACUUAAUUCAGAUGUACAGCCGAUUCUCGAGUUAGAGAAGGAAGAAGUGGAAUGGCUUGGAUUCCAGGCUUACAUACAAGUACUCAAGAGAAAGGAAUCACGUCAUAAGGAGUUGCUGGCUAUUUUGAGGUCAAGGUUGUUAUCACAUAGAAUGUCUGGGAGGGUCUCACCUGAACUUAAAUAUGCAAUUGAUACCAAAAACUCCUCUUUGCUUUGGGAGAUCAAGUAUUAGCUCUUAAAGGUGAGAGAUAAUCCGACAUGAUAGGGCCACAAGUAGCUUCAGGAAGGCUCCUUGUUUCCAUUUUUUGGGUACAGUUACAUGAUGAUGAGUGGUAAAAUUGGUUAUUAUAUCUGGCACAAGGGUUUUUUUUACCUGGCUUUGACUGAGUCCACUUGUUGUCUGGUUUAACAGUAGAAAAAAUUACUAGAAAAUGGGAGUUUUAAAUGGUGUACUCCAGUAAUUGUUGAAAUCUAUUACUGGUUUUAUUGUUAAAAAAUCAAACAGUGUUUCUAUUAUAUUUUCAUCCUUGCUGUUCAAUGGUAAACAAGGAACAGAACAUGUACAUAUUAUAACAUGGUUUGAUCUGCGUAUCUUGAUGAAAGAAAUAUCUAUAUGAUCAAAUGAAAAUUAGAAAGGUUAGAUGAUGAAUGCUCGAGACUAUGAACUUGUUUGGAUAUAAAUUUCAAGUGCUUUUCUUUUAAGACUUUUUAUUAUUUUUUUAACACUUUCACUGUUUAUCCAAACAUAUUCUUAGUAAAACAUAAUAAAUGUAACUUUUUAUUGGAAAAAAAAAUGAGAAGCUAAUAGUUUUUUUAAUUAGAUUUUAAACUUUUUCUACCUUGUUACAUUUAGACAUUUACAAUAAUUGUAUAAAACUUGAAUUUUGCAUUCAAAUAAUUAAUAUUGAUAAGAGUGUUGUUAAAAUGAGUUAAAAUUUGCAAGCUAAUUCGCUUAUAAUGAGGUUGGAUUAUGUUGAAUUUAAAAAAAUCAUUUGUUUCCCCAAUCUCAGUUGCAUUUCUCAAUUAAAGGGGUUGCCAUGAGCAAGGCUGGGCAAUGUCUGAAAUCGGUUCUCUUGGAUUUGAUUCACAAGAGCAAUGGCUUGAGAUCCUUCAAGCAAAUUCAUGCGCAUCUAUUGACUUCUGCCCUUGUUGCCAAUGACUUGGUUAUUUCUAAAGCUGCAAUUUUUUUGGGAAAACAUGUUACAGAUGUUCAUUACCCUUGCAAUUUCCUGAAGCAAUUUGAUUGGAACUUGAGCUCUUUCCCUUGCAAUUUGCUGAUUUCUGGCUAUGCCUCUGGCCACUUACCCUGGCUUGCAAUCCUGAUUUAUAGAUGGACUGUUAGGAAUGGUUUUGUGCCUGAUGUGUACACUAUCCCAGCAGUUUUGAAAUCUUGUGCUAAGUUUUAUGGGAUUGUAGAGAUUAAACAGUUUCAUUCCGUAGCUUUGAAGACUGGCUUGUGGUGCGACAUUUAUGUGCAAAACACUCUUGUCCAUGUGUAUUGCAUUUCUGGGGACACUGUUGGUGCUGGCAAGGUGUUUGAUGACAUGCUUGUGAGAGACGUGGUCUCUUGGACUGGCUUGAUAUCUGGGUAUGUCAAGGCUGGGUUGUUUAAUGAGGCCAUCGCAUUGUUUUUGAGAAUGGAUGUGGAACCUAAUGUAGCAACCUUUGUCAGCAUACUUGGGGCUUGUGGGAAAUUGGGUUGUUUAAAUUUGGGGAAAGGAAUUCAUGGGUUGGGUCUCAAAUGUCUGUUCUGGAAGGAGUUGGUGGUAUGCAAUGCUGUGUUGGAUAUCUAUAUGAAGUGUGAGUCUGUCACUGAUGGAAGGCAAAUGUUUGAUGAGAUACCUGAGAAAGAUAUUAUUUCUUGGACUAGUAUGAUAAGCGGGUUAGUGCAGUGCCAGUAUCCCAGUGAAUCGCUGGACUUGUUCUGCCAAAUGCAAGGCUCAGGUUUUGAGCCGGAUGGAGUUAUACUUACUGGUGUGCUUUCUGCUUGUGCCAGCCUUGGGCUUCUUGACUGCGGUAGAUGGGUCCAUCAGUACAUUGAUCAAUGCCGUAUCAAGUGGGAUGUUCAUAUAGGAACUACAUUGGUUGACAUGUAUGCAAAGUGUGGUUGUGUAGACAUGGUGCAGCGUAUCUUCAGUGGAAUGCCUUCUAGGAAUAUCCGUACUUGGAAUGCCUAUUGUUGAAAUGUCAAAUGUAAUAUUUAUUUAUGUUAGGAGGUGCCUAACUUGUCUAAGAGGUGCCUAACUUGUGUCUUUAGGAUGUGCCUAACUUAGGUUAGGAUGUGCCUAACUAUUAGGUUCAUAGUUCUAUAAAUAGGUAGUAUCUUGUAAUAAGUUUUAAGGAAGAAAUAUAGAUUUUAUGUUUUUCCA